CGGCAGAUUUUCGUCGACUUGGCGGGAAAGAUACAAGGAGUUGCAAAUAAAGAGAUCUUAUUCCUGAAAGACUAAAGAGCUUGAUAUUAAAAUUAAUCUCGAGAUGAGUUUGGAAAAUAUCGAAAAAGAGCUGGAAGAAGAGUUUUGUGAGGUUGGGAUUGAUAUUGAGGGAAAUUUGGUGAUUCUCGAAAGAUUGCAAUCAAUGUGUACCUCAUACAAUCUCAGUGCAUCUGACAUGCUGGCAAGAUGGUUUACGUAUGUUGCUACAAAGAAUGAUUGUGAUUUCACGGUUGAUGUUUUAGAUGACUUUUGUAAGUAUGUUGCAAUUAUCGGACCCAAUUCAACCAAAGAGAAAAAGCAAUCAAACAAACAGUCAAAUCCAUAUAUGUUUGAUAAGAAAACAUUACAAGCAAAUUUGAUAGAACAAGAAGAAGAAGAGGAUAUGUUACUAGGGUAUGCAAAUACACCACAGUCAAAGGGUUCUGGAAAACGCUCGCAUACAACUCCUGAAGAAGCAACAAAUAAAAGGAUUGUAUCGCUUGUGCGGAAAUCUAAUGUUCCGUUCUCGCCAGGGUCCUUUUCUCCUAAUACAGGGGUUGCUGCUUCUCCAAAGUAUGAAGGAAGACAAAACAAAGGACAAAUUGUCGCAUCAUGUUAUUUUUCAGGAGACAACGUGUCGAAAUGGCAAGGCACUCGUAAAGGCGUAGAGAUAAAGCCAUACUGCGAAGAAGCAAACCUAAAAACACCUUAUAAAUACAUGUUUGAAAAGUUAUCUGAUCGAUCAUAUGUGCUCGAUGGCAUCAUAAAAUCUCUUGGCGAUUCCAUGUCAACUGCUUUUGGUUUGGAUGAAUUCAAACGCAUCACGCAUUCUUUACAGGAAGAAAUAACUUGUGUUGGGAGAAUUUGCUGCGAUUCGAUGGGGAAAUUAAACGCCAAAUCAAUGCUGAUUGAGGGUACAAAACGAAUCUCAAAUGGGGAGCGCGUGAAUUUCGAUGUUUCAGAAGUUCGCUCCUUUUCUUCCUUUCCAGGUCAGGUUGUUUGUGCAAAAGGUAUCAGAUCCACGAACAGAUUUGUCGUGAAAGAGAUUCAUGAUGGUGUAAGGCUGCCAUUCCGCUCAACACUUAACAAAGACCAGCCAAUCAAUAAAGCUGACUUUACCGUUUACGUUGCUUGUGGGCCGUUUGCGACAAGUGACACUUUAUCACAUUCACCACUUGGAGACUUUCUAAAUAUCAUCGAAACCGAAAGACCUGAUGUCUGCAUUAUGCUUGGCCCGUUCAUUGACAGCAGAAUGCCAGCAAUAGAGAAAGCCGAAGUCGACUUUGCUUUCGAUGAAAAAUUCAAGGAAUACAGAGACCUGAUUACGAGUUCUGCGAUGAGUGUUGGAUCAAAAGUUGUUUUUGUGCCAUCACAAAGAGAUGCACACCACCAUUAUGUUUAUCCGCAACCUCCGUUUGAAUGUGGGCCUAAUUAUUUUAAAGAGAACGUAAACUUUGUAUCAGACCCCGCAACGUUAAGUUUCAACGACGUGGUUUUUGGGAUCACCUCAACUGACAUUCUAUUUCAUCUUGGCUCAGAGGAAGCUUUCUCUUUCUCGGCUGGGUCAUCAGAUCGCCUCGGAAGAAUCUGCGAUCAUCUUCUGAAACAGCAGUCAUACUACCCGCUUCAACCGCCAUCUGAAGAGGUCAACAUUGAUUACCUACAUUUCGAGGAACAUGCUUUGAUGCAAGUUACCCCUGAUGCUAUAGUGCCAAGUGAUCUACGCUUCUUCAUCAAGAAUGUUAAUGGAUGUCUGUGCAUAAACCCUGGAAGACUGGUAAAAGGCCAGACUGGAGGCACAUUUGCAAAACUCUACAUUAAGCCACACAAAGUAACUAACGAAGAUAGUUCGAUUGCAAUUAGCGAGAGCUCUGCAGAAAUCGUCAAAGUCUAACCUUGUAAAUAGCAAAUGUAUUACAAUUAUUGGAAGAAAGAUCGAAGAAGAAAACUAUUUUUGUUAUAA